UUUCUUUUUUUAUUCUCAGGAUCCUGGGCACAGACUAUACUGACACAGACUCCGAAAGAGAUCACUGCAACUCCGGGACAGACAGUCACCAUCUCAUGUAAAUCUAGUACUGGUAUUGGUACCUGCUUAAAUUGGUACCAACAGAAACCAGGACAACGUCCAACACUGAUUAUCUGGUAUGCAUCCAAUCUUCAGUCUGGAGUCCCAGACAGGUUCACCCCAGACAGGUUCAGUGGAUCUGGAUCUGGAACAGAUUUCACUCUUACAAUCAGAGACAUAAAGGAUGAAGAUGAAGCAGAUUAUUGCUGUCAGCAGUGUAGCAGCUAUCCUCUCACACAGUGA